ACGCACAUUUUUUUCUUUCUAGUUUCUUGUAAUUUUUUUUGCAGUUGUUUUGCAACCAUGACGAGAAGGAAGGUGAAACUUGCCUUUAUCUCUGAUAACGCGGCAAGGAAGGCAAGCUUCAAUAAAAGAAAGAAGGGUCUCAUAAAGAAGGUAACUGAACUGACAACACUUUGUGAUAUUCCGGCUUGUGCUAUAAUUUCCAGUCCUUUUGGUUCUCAGAUGGAGGUUUGGCCGAAUCCAGAAGAAGCCAAGAAGGUAAUUGAGAGGUAUCAAAGUUAUUCUUUGAUAGACGAAAACAAGAAUGUGAGCCAUGAAAGAUACAUUAUGCAGAUGAUUGCUAAAGGAAGGGAUAAACUAAAAAAGUUGAAGCAUGACAAUCGUGAGCAAGAGCUGAAUCUUUCUAUGCUACGGAACUUGAAAAACAACAAUUUGUAUGAAGACCUAACUGCUGAAGAACUGAAAGAUCUUGCUAAGCGUGUUGAUAAGAAGUUGAAGGAGGUUGAUGGCAAGAUUGAUACACUUGAUUGAUGAACUACUCCAUUCGAUCCUAUUUAUAACAAAAAUUUCAGUCAACAAAAGUUAAUGUAUAUGAUUAACAAAUUGGACUAAAUACAUCCAUUUUUGUUGACCAAAAUGUUUCUUAUAAAUAAGACCGGAUGAACUAUUAUUUUAAGCUAUUUAUUGUUGUUUUGAUGUUAUUUAAAUUGCAAUUUUGAUUGUUGCUCUGAGAGCAUUGUGAUGUCUCUUUCAUUAGGUCAUCAAAAUAAAAUUCAUGGAUUGUUGUUAUAAA